AUGAGUGAAAUAAAUGAAAAUUAUGAAGAUAAUCAAGAAGAAUAUGAUAAAGUAACAACAAUGGAAGGAAAUAUUCCUCAAUGUGUAAGAUAUAUUGUACAAAUUAUUGGAUGGAUCAACAAUGUUGCUUCUUCAGAUGAUAUAAAUGCAAAAAAUAAAUUAUUAAAUCUUUUAAUACAAGUUUUUAAAAAUUUUAAUACAGAAGUUUCUACCAAAUCUAUAGUACAAGAUUUCACAUCAACAGAAUCCAUAGUAGAAGAAUCCUCCAUAUCUUCUAAUAAUUUAAUAGUUCCUAGACCAACUUUAUUUCUUUUAAGUGUAGCAUUUAGAGCAAAUAAAAUAUCUAUAAAUGAAAAUUUACAAUCAAAUUAA